AUGAAUCUUGUACAAGUGCGUCGAUGCAGUAAUAUUAACUGCCGUUCUCAACAGCAACAAAAAAGCAUUGAUAAUAAGGCAAUAUUUACUCGAGCGGUUUAUCAAGUUGAUGCAAUUAAAUUAUGUCAACUAGUUAAACAAAUUGAAGCGAAACGGCUAUCAAAAUCAUUUGCGCAACUACUCUAUCUUGCAUCAAUAAAUAAAAGUGAACUCGAUCGAGAAAUUUGCGCAUUGAGUAAUUGUGGACAUCAACAAAGUAACGCUUUAUUGUUGACUAAUGUUCCUGAUUUGAUUUCUAUUGCAAUCGAUUGGAAUUCGUCUCCUUGUACAUCAAGUGAUGUUGAAGAUCUGAUUUCAAAUAUUAAUCCAUUUAUCUAUUUACACGAAUUAUUUGAUGAUGUGACUGUAAAUGAUGCUCGUAUUAAACAACUUCAUUUAAUAGGUCUUGUAUGUUUCUAUGGUGGUGCAGUUGAGAUAUUCUUUUCCUAUGAUCAUACAAAAUUAAAAUGGCUAUUUUGUUUCGAUGGACAUAUUGUUGUAUUAAACGAUUGGAAUGCAGUUAGAAGAAAGUCGAUUGAUUUUCACCUUCAACCAUUUCUAUUUAUCUAUGCAAAUCCUGAUCGAAAUCCAAUUGAUAUAAGUCAAUUACUUAAACGAACGGUGAUCCAAACAAAAAAUCUAAAUUGUCUACCUGACGAAAAAAGAUUAGAACAAACAAUUUUAUCGAAUAAUAGAAACAAUCUCAUGAUGACAACGAAAAAGUACGAAGAAUCCCAGCAACAAUCUCAUUCAUUAGAAGACCUGAAAAAUAUAUCAUCGUUUGCUACACUCAAUUCGUCAAUGUUGUUUAUGCCUAAACCACCAAUAAAUAAUUCCUAUAUUAAUCACGACGCAGUUGCUAAAGUUAUGCAACAACAAUUAUUAAAAAAAGAGACAUUAUCAGAUACAGCAUCUAUAUCUUCGUCAUCAACAUCGUCGCCAAUUGUUCAUGUUAGACAUCGAACAUGCCAACUAGGAAUAAUACAACAACGUGAAGAUGCAUCAUCAAGCGGAGAUUCAUCUAUAUCAUCACAGCGUGACUCUGGUUUGAGUAGUGGCAUAAACGAUGGAUCAAGCGAUGGUAGUCCAAGAGACAGUCUCAUUGAAAAUGACCAAACCAUAAUCGAUGGUUUAGUUAAACAAACAGAGCGUAUGAUGGGCGAUGAUCAUCUUGAUACGUCUUGCACAACAAUCGAACAUUAUUUCGAAGAAUCAUUACAAUAUGAAAGCGCAAGUAAUUUCUCUUCGGCAUUAGAAUCUUGUCAGCAAGCAUUAUUUAUUAUUGAACAAAUUCUUAAUCUAAAUGAUAAUCUUAAUACGGGCAUAUCAAUAUAUGCUCGAACAAAAAAGAACAGUCUAUUAUUAAGAAUACGUUCAUUACAGAAACGACAAAUAGAAGAACAAGAAAAUUUUAAACGAUUUUAUCCUUCAAACAAUUCUUUAACAUCAACGUUUAAACCUCCAGAAAAAAGUCUUAAGAAAAGUGAAAACAUUUAUGAUAAUAAUAUGUCAAGAACAACAUCCAUACUUUCAUCAACAUCGAAGAUUUCACGUCCGAAAAAGAACGUGAAAUUUUCCGAUAAUGUCGCAUUAAUUGUUCCAACAUGUGACGAUAACGAUGAAGUACCUUCUGAACAUUUAAUACAUUCAUUUUUAAGAAAGAUCCAUCAACAACAAACAACAACAGCAGCAGCAGCAGCAGCAUCAACAUCAGAUUCCGAUUCCGAUACACCAUCAUCAUCAUCAAAUGAUCUUCCCAUUGGUUUGACCGAAUGUACACUUUGUCAUAAACGUUGUUCGAAAAAUAAUCAAAUUGGCGCUUAUUGCUCUAAUUGUCAUUUUUAUAUGCAACGAUUUCAACCAACGUCUUCUUAA